AUUAUUAAUCUUUUCAAAUUCCGUGCUUCCUUUAGACGAAAAUGGAAAAUGCGACAGAAAUGGCGAUGCCAAUACUACUUCUUCUCUUCUCCUUUCCCUUUUCAGCAGGCGACCGAUCGUAGUCUCGAAGCAUCAGCGAAUUUUUUUCCGGCUUCGUAUUCUCGGAGAACAGGACGACCGCCGGCGGGUUGGCUGAUUUUCUACUACCCGGUUUGGUUACCUAGAAAGAGAAGCCCUGAUUCAAUCAAUCGUCCUCUCUCAAGGAAAGAAGGAAAGCUCCAAAGUUAUUUACAGAUUGAAUUGCAGUUGAUGACAUUGUACAGCAGCUGGAACCCACUAGUCUGUGAAAUUGGUAUCGCUGCUCUUUGAAUCAGAAGUGCAGUACUUAUAAUGCCAGUGCCCAUUAGAAGUAUCAGAAAACCUAGUGAAAUGACGAAGCUUUUCAUGACAACUCUCCUUGGCAUCCUCUUUGGCUUCUUCUUGGGAAUAUCCUUGCCAACACUGUCCCUCUCAAAGUUGAAUCUUCCAACCGGUUUGCUUCCUUCCUUUGACAUCACUUACAUGGAGGACAAGUUCUCUGGUCUUUCGCCACAAGCACUGCUCAAUGCUUUGUCCUCUCUAAGGGGACAUAGUAUACAUUCCUUGUUAUUUCACCGAUACAAUGGAACCAAGAUAUGGGUCAAUGAAAAUCCUAGAGGUGCUGAGAGGUUACCUCCUGGUAUAGUAACUUCUGAGUCAGACUUGUUCCUUCGACGAUUGUGGGGUAUGCCUGAUGAGGACUUGGCAGUCCAGCCGAAGUAUCUUGUGACAUUCACAGUUGGGUAUGAACAGAGAAAGAAUGUCGAUGCAGCAGUUCAAAAGUUCUCUGAGAACUUCACCAUCCUAUUGUUUCACUAUGACGGCCGGGUAACCGAGUGGGAUGAAUUUGAAUGGUCAAAGCGAGCAAUCCACGUGAGUGCUCCCAAGCAAACGAAGUGGUGGUUUGCCAAACGGUUUCUUCACCCGGAUAUUGUUGCAGCAUAUGAUUAUAUUUUCAUGUGGGAUGAGGAUCUUGGGGUGGACCAUUUUGAUGGAGAGGAGUACAUUAGACUGGUGAGGAAAUAUGGGUUGGAUAUAUCUCAGCCUGCUUUAGAUCCUGAAAGAGGGACCACCUGGGCAAUGACGAAGAAAAGAUAUGACACUGAAGUUCACAAAGCUUCUUUAGUUCUCUUGUCAACCUUCUUGCAUCCCUGUAGGCAUACUGAUGAGAAACCCGGUUGGUGCAAGGAACCAUAUUGGCCGCCAUGUGCAGCAUUUGUGGAGAUUAUGGCUCCUGUAUUUUCCCGAGAGGCAUGGCGAUGUGUUUGGCAUAUGAUUCAGAAUGACUUGGUUCAUGGAUGGGGUCUUGACUUUACCAUGAGGAAAUGUAUUGAGCCUGCUCAUGAGAAGAUCGGAGUGGUAGAUGCUCAAUGGAUAGUUCAUCUAGGCAUUCCAUCCCUCGGGAACCAGGGAACAUCAGAGAAAGGGAGAGCGCCAUGGGAAGGGGUGAGGAAGAGGUGUCAAACCGAAUGGAGGAUGUUUUAUGAACGCUUUGCACAAGCGCAGAAAGCCUAUUACUGGAUGCUGAGAUUUCGUCGAAGAAGUAAUAAUGUCACGAAUAGCUAGAAGGAUCUGGAAUGAUCAUUGAUUCCCACCCUUACUGUAAAUUCCACUUCCAGAGCUCCUACAAAAUGACCACAAUCAAUCAGAAGUAGCAUUUUAGGUUUUCUGUCUUUUUUAUUUUCAUUAAGUGUGUUAUUGAGGUGAACUUUACUCGAGCUGUAGCUCACAGGUGAUUCACCAUUUAGACUGCUCACAUCAUUUUUGGCCAAUCAUCUUGUACUUCUUGACACAGUUCUAAAAAAAGGCUUAAAAGUGCUUACGUCUGCAUCUUUUUCAUCGAGAAGAAUUAUGGAAUCGGU